AACCCUCCCAAACAUUCCGUUUCCUGCUUUUUAACCCACUAGUGACCAAAAAAGCUGCUCUUCCUCUUCUUUUCAAGAAAAAAAUUAUUAUUAUUAUUCUCCCCCAUUAAUUCUUCUACUUUGUACUACUACUUUCACCAUCUAAUCUAAUCUAAUCUCCCUCUUCAUCCAAUCCAUGGAUCUUGCUCAAUGGCCUCAGGAGAUAGUGGUGAAGCAAAUGGAAGAAAUAGUGCCAAAGAAUCCCAUUAAUAAUAAUAAUACAGCACCAGGAAAGCCAUCUUCAACAACUAGUGCUAAUUGUGGUGGUGGAACAAUAGAGAGAAAGAUUAGGCCACAAAAGGAUGAGCCAGUGAACUGCCCAAGAUGCAACUCCACCAACACCAAGUUCUGCUACUACAACAACUACAGCCUGUCACAGCCCAGGUACUUCUGCAAGACCUGCCGCCGCUACUGGACCGAAGGCGGGUCUCUGAGGAAUAUUCCGGUGGGCGGCGGGUCAAGGAAGAACAGGCUCAUCAGGUCUUCUUCUAUUGACCACCACCAAGUUGUAGUGAUGAAUAACAAUAGUAAGAAGAUGAACCUGCCGCAGCAGCAGCAGUUCCCUUCUGCUGCAACCGCUGCUGCUGCGGCAGAUCUGAUGCUGUCGUCGCGUCUCCCCCUCCCACUCCCACUCCCACUCCCACUCCAUCCAAACCCUAACAAGCCAACAACAACUACAUCAAUCCAACAAGAUCUCAACUUGAGCUUCUCAUCUCAUCACCAUCACCAUCACCAUCACCACCACCAAGACUUGAAGACCAUAGCUGAGCUGAUCCAAGUGCCAAACUACGAGCGCAACGACAGCGACAAGGAAGGGAACGACAACAACAACAACAACAACAACAAUCCGGUGGCCGGUCAACUCUCAGCUAUGGAGAUGUUGAGUGUUGGGAUGCCCACAUCAUCACCAUCAUCAACAAGGGGAGGGAUGAUGAUGAUGAGCUCAUUCCUCCCCAUGCCAAUUCCUGACCCCAAUACUUCAUCAGUCUACUCAUCAUCUUUCUCUCUCCCAGAAUACAAGCCAACCCUAAACUUCUCAUUCACCUUGGAUGGGAUGAAUGGGAAUAAUGAUGAUCAUGGAGGGUAUAAUGGUCAUCAUCAUCAUCAUCUUCUCCAAGGCAUGCAGGAGACAAGUACUAGUGGGAGGCUUUUCUUCCCUUUUGAGGAUUUGAAAAGUGGAACAAAUGCAGCAGGUGGUGAUCAUAGCAAUGGGGCUGAUGAGCAAGACAGAGACCACCACCCAGCAGCAGGAUUCUGCUGGAAUGGAGUCUUGGGAGCUGGAGGUGCUUCUUGGUAAAUUUUAUACUCCAUCCAUUUGUGAAAAAAAAAACUUGAUUUUA